CGGGCCAGGUCGCUCUGUACACUUUUUGCCCUAAGGCCAACCAGUGGGAGAAGACCGAUAUAGAAGGGACUUUAUUUGUAUAUCGAAGGUAAUGUGGGCUAUCUUUAAUGCCUUUCUCCAUUAAUGGUAAAUUAAAAAGAAUUUGUCAGAUAUCUCCUGAAUUUUGGUCAGCUUCACCUUACCAUGGUUUUACCAUUGUGAAUCGACUGAAUAUGCACAAUCUAGUUGAACCAGUCAAUAAAGAUUUGGAAUUUCAGCUCCAUGAACCAUUUCUUCUAUACAGAAAUGCAAGCUAUGAGGAAACAUAAGGCUGAGAGAAGUUAACAAAUUUGCUCAAGUCUCACAAAGGAAAAGUUCCACAGUUCAUUCUCUGUGAUCUUCGAUUUCGGCACAGUGCUGCUCCCUUAGCCUGAGAAAAGGCAGCCCUUCACCAUCAGCCGCGACUCCGAUGUGGUUGCUGUGAUUCUGUUAUCAGCGGCAACUGCAUUAGUCUGGCCUUCUGGACCAAGAUAAGGAAAGAGCUUUGCUGUUGGCUACGUUUAUAGAUUGAAGGGGUAAAAUACCAUGAAAACAGAGUGACUUAGCCUCUAAUACUGACCUGGUGACUCUGUUAGGUCAGAUGUUUUAAAAGUAAGUAUUGUUUUCUGUCUCAUUGUAGGCUGCUGCUUAGUAUUCUUGUAGAGCCCUUCUACCAAGACCCUUCUUGUUAAUAUUAUGAGACCAUGCACAUUCCAAAAUUUCAAAAGUGAGUUCUUUUCGUUGUGCUUUCAGUAGUAACUACUGGCUCCCCCUGCCCCAAGAUUUUAAAAUGUAACCAUGCACCGUUCAUCUCUUUUAGAUAAUUAGCAUUUUAAGUAUUGGAUAAUUUAAAUGUUUUUUCUUUGGAGACCUCACAAGAAAAGCAGCGAUUACUUUAGCUAAGUGGCAGAAAUCUGUGUCGGAAUUGACUCGAUGGCAGUGGGUUGGUUUUUUUUAAUAUAGGUUCUCAUCUUGUGUUUACCCAGUGAAAUUCAGUGGAGAGAUAGAAAUUGAAACAGAGUAACCUCUCGUCCUAGGGAACUGAAGCGGUUGUAGAGUGUCCAGAAUAAGUAAGACUGAGCCCUUGAGGGUCAGCCCCAGAAGAUCCAGGCAAAGCUGAGCUGCUUACAGAGUAACUGCUCCCGGACAUGCUCAGCUUUUUCUUUUUUAGUAAAAGGAAAGCAUAGGAUAAGCGUGUGUUACUGACAUUUAAAUAUUAGGCUAUUUUACACACAAACACAAAUUUGGAUUUCUAGUUUUUCUUGUAACAAAAUGGCAUGUCUGGCCACACAACACCUGCAUUUCUGCAAGCAGUAACAGUCAGCUGGAGUUCUGGGUAAGUACACCUACCAUAGCCCAUUACUGAUCCCACCAUGCCCUGAGGUCUCUUAUACCCCAGUGGGCAUCUGCGUUUACAGCCCUGGUUUGGAUGAUCUCUUAGUAGGUUGGUAGAAACAUAUGUAGCAGUAGCUGUUAAGGAGAGGAGAGGACAUAGUCCUGAUACCACUAUCUGACCUAACUAUUCCCCAGUGCCCUAACUAGAUUUUUUCGAAGCCUGGGUAACAGGAACUCAAUCUUACUUAUAAACAUACAGUAUUUCCCUGGCUGCUUAAAUGCCACCUACCAAAAUCUCCUAUUGUAAACCCGGAUCGGUCUGUGUGUGUGUGUGUGUGUGUGUGUGUGUGUGUGUGUGUGUGUGUCCGUCCGUGUCCGUGUGUGUGUGUGUCCGUGUGUGCAUGCGCAUGCGCGCAUUCAACACCCAGGGCCUUUGUCCUCAGUCUUUCCCAGCCCUUUGACGUUCAUGGGGAGCCACCAGCCUUACUCUUAAAGAAAACGAUUGGACAAGACAGAGGUAUUUCCUUUUUCACUUGCCAGGGCAGACUCAUACUUCUAUAAUCCUUUUUUUUUUUUAAUAAUCAGAGGGGUCCUAUGUCUAGGGUAAAUUUUUUUGGCUGUAUUCAAAGCCCAUAUUCUUGUUUUUGUUUCCUGGUAUAGAAAACCUUUGUUAACUCUACCACCACCACAAGAAGAACUUUCGUCCAGUGCCUUUAGUGCUUGGCACCAUACUGAGAAAAUCUCAAGCCUCUUCAGAUCCUUCUAGGAAGGCUGGUCACAUUGGGAAUGAAAAAGGUGGGAAAAGAAGCGUGAUUGAUGGAGCUCAGCUGCAGCACUCACGUUUCCCGUGUGGACAGUAUUGAUCAUGGCAUGGACCUGGAGCUGUGUCAAUAUACAGUAUCUGGUUUUAUGACAAGAAUGACUGUCACCGCAUAGCCAAACUCAUGGCCAAUGUGGUGGAAGAGGAGACACGGCGGUCCCAGCAGGCUGCUCGGGAUAAGCAGAGUCCUAACCAGGCCAAUGGCUGCAGCGACCACAGGCCCAUCGACAUCCUGGAAAUGCUGAGCAGAGCCAAGGAUGAGUAUGAGAGGAAUCAGAUGGGCGACUCAAAUAUCUCCAGCCCUGGGUUACAGCCAAGCACUCAGCCGUCCAAUCUGGGAAGCACAGAGACUCUAGAGGAGAUGCCCUCCGGGUCACAAGAUAAGUCUGCUCCAUCUGGACACAAACAUCUGACAGUGGAAGAACUAUUUGGAACUUCUUUGCCAAAGGAACAGCCAAUGGUCAUGGGUCUUGAUUCAGAAGAAGUGGAGAAGCUGCCAGGAGAUGCCUCCCAGAAAGAGCCCAGCCCGUUCCUACCAUUUUCCUUUGAGCAUUCAGGAGGGGCCCCUCAGUCGGAAAGCUUGGGUGUUCAGUCUACUGCCCCCGCCUCAGUCCAACCUGAGGUCACCGCCCCACUACUGAUCACUCCUGCCUCCAUUACACAGUCCAGUGAAAAGCAUGCCCCAAGCUACACGAUCCCGCUGAGCCCUGUUCUCAGUCCCACUCUGCCAGCAGAAGCUCCUACUGCACAGCUGCCCCCCAGCUUACCUCGAAACAGCACCAUGAUGCAGGCAGUGAAGACCACACCCAGGCAGAGGUCUCCACUCCUGAAUCAGCCAGUCCCUGAGCUAAGCCACACCUGUCUGAUUGCCAACCAGAGCCCCUUCAGGGCCCCACUGAGUGUGACAAGUACAGCUGCUACAUCCCUCUCAAGUGUGGAUCUUCUCCAGAAACUCAGGUUGACCCCACAGCAUGACCAAAUACAGACACAGUCACUUGGGAAAGGUACAGCAGCACCCAGCUUUCCUCCAGCAGCUGGCCAGCUGGCCACACCUGAGAGCUUCAUAGAGCCUCCCCCUAAAACCGCAGCAGCCAGAGCAGCAGCCUCGGCCUCCCUGAGCAACAUGGUGCUCUCGCCCCUUCAGUCUAUGCAGCAAAACCAGGACUGUGAAGUAUUUGCCCCGCCUAAGGUGUUACCCAGUGCCAUCCCGGUUGCAGGCGCCUCGCUGGUUACCGCGACGACCACGGCAAUACCUUCUGUCCUGCUGUCCCCAAGUGUUUUCCAGCAGACAGCUACAAGGUCCACCGACCUUGAGAGGAAGGCAAACUCCCCUUCUCCUCUAACUGUUGGGGCAUCAGAAAAUCAGAGAAAGCCCUCCAUUAUUCUCAGCAAGGCUCAGCUCCAGGAUACGUUAAUACAUCUGAUAAAGAAUGAUUCUAGCUUUCUCAGUACACUUCAUGAAGUCUACUUGCAGGUUCUGACCAAGAACAAAGAAAACCUCAACCUGUGACUGGAGCUGAGUAAAUCUGAAGGCAGCCUGUCAACCUCAGAAACAAAUAGGCUUCAUCAUGGAAACUUCUAAACAGAACACUGAGUUUUGAGAAUCCUGAAAUUGAGCCUAUAAGAAAAGAGACUCAUUCCUUAAGAAUAUUUUCCAAGUGACGUUCUCAGUGCUAAUGGAGGUUUCACUGUGAAGCAUCACCAGCAGACCUUUGUUUUGACAAAAAAGAGAAAAAGACCCUCGUGUUAAGUUGUGGGGUGUUUUCAUCAGCUGUGAUUAAGUGUGUGAAAUAAGGAGUUUGAUUUUCAGCUUGCUGUCAUUAUCAAGGACUUGGGGGUGAGUCAUCACCAGCUUUGCAGCAGUCAGAGUUCAGCUAGCCUGCACCCCGUAUGCCCCACUUCCUACCCCUAGUAACAUGACUCUCUUGGGCGUAAGGCUUAUAGUCAAGCUCUGAGCAGAGUAGAAGUCAGCUCUGUGAGAAGUAACUUCAAGUUUUAAGGAUCAGAGUUUUAAGUUGGAAAAUUAGGACUGAUUUAAGUGAAGUAUAUUUUAUAUGAAUGUCCCAUUUGGGCCUUAAAAGUUCUGUAAUUUCUUAAUUGUGUUUUAUUUUUAAGUGUCCCCAGUCUUGCCACGCAGCAGGCUCCCAUCACCACCUUACUGCUCGAAUAGGGCCAGGUCGGGCCCUGUGGUGGUGCAGAUGCAGGCAUGUCACACCUUAGAAGAAGAGAUUGGGGUUGGUAAAGCCCAAAUCCAAUCAGAAAUCUUUAUGUUAAGAUAUACUCUACAGUGGUUUUGAAAGUGUUAAGUUUGUAUGUGAAGCAUAGCCUUAUCUUAUUUUCCUUUUCUAUCUAAACACCAGUUAAAAGUCAUUGUUGAGUGUUUUCCUUAACACUUUGACAAAAGGACCAGUGGACCAAUAUGACAAAGCCAUUCUGGUUCCAUUCCUCAUGUAUUGAGAAUAGUUUUAAAGCUAUGCAGAAAAAGGGGCUGUUAUUCACACUGCCCUUACUUCGUUGUAGAAUAUGGAUUUUAAAAGAAAGCGUGUAAUUCAGAACUUUACCAAUGUAUUCCUAGGCUGUGAGUAUUUGUCCAGCCCAAAGUGUGAAAAUAUGUAAAGAUGCUUUGUUAUGCUGCUAUUAAUCUGCCAUGAUUUAUAUUUAUUCUUUUAUGGCAUGUAAUGGUGAUUAGUAAUAUUUUAAUGUAGAUUUUGAUUUAUUUCAGCAAUAGUAAUUUUAAGAUAUCCUUUGAAUGAAAGUAUCUUCGUUUCUAUGAUACAGAUCGUUUUGUAGUAUUUAACCAAUUAAGAUGCACUGCUUACUUCUCUGAGCACUAUUUAGUGAUGGGGUAAAAACCCAGUUGGCUCAACCAGCUAGUAUAAGGAUUAGCUGUGACUAAUGCUGACAGAUGUGAUUGUUCCUUGGGAAUGAUCAUUUAAGCUUUAAUGGUAACUCAAUCAGAAGUCCAUAGAUUUUUCUAGCUGAAAUUUUUAAAAUGACUUGUGAAUUACACACUUGUUUCAGUUUGGUCUUAGUUUUUACAUGAAGAAUACUUGGUUUGAUUGGCUUUUGUUAAUCUAAAUGUGCUUCCUGAACAGCUUUUCUGCUUCUCAGUUUGUUGUCUUCUAUUGCUGUCUACCUAGUUACGUGUGAAUUGUACCCAAUUCAGGGAAGCUCUGAAGUUCUCUUACUCAAUUAGGAAUCAUUUGUUUUCAAAGAUAGUGUAUAAAUUCCACAGCCAAAAAUGAAUUGUUUAUGGUUCAUCCAGGAAAGAGAGAGUUGUAAUAAGAUAGAGUAUUGAGGACACCAAGAGAUGCAGUGUCCAGGGAGCCACGUGACUGUUCUUAUAAAAUGGAUGCACCAGCAGGUUUGAUCAUACCCAAGUAUAAUCUCACUGGGCUUUGUUAAACAGAAGAAUUGAGGGAUUCUUAUUGUAAUAGACAUUUGAGUUGAAAUGGUGCUUUUGAGUACGUAUAGUAUUGUGAAAGAGUUACGAGAAAACGUCUUAAAGAGGGUCUGUAAGCAGAUCUGUUUGUUUUCACUCUUUAAUCCAAGGAAUACAUAUGAUGGACAGUAAAUCGAAUCUAAGAUAAGGUUUCCCACAGUGUGAAACUAAGCUUUUAAGUGCCCAGGUGUGGAGACUUGAAAAGGGUAAGCCUGUUUCAACUCCCAAAUUCGUGUAUUCGAAGCAUUUAAAAUUCAGAAGCCAGAAGUUCAUUGGCGUGAUCACCAGGAGGUUCAGGCCAGAAUGAGUCCCUAGAGAAGCCAGGUCAAGCCUGGAUAGUUGUUGGAUGACCCUGGCCCCAACUCACAGUUCAGUUGCCUUAUUCCUCGUUCAGGCAUACAGUCCAGAACCUCAUGCUAGCUUAGGUUGCACGUUUACAGUGCUGUAGUAUCUUUACUAGAACCUUAGUUUAAAACCUUAGUUGAAUCAAAACAGACACCAAAAAAGAGAUGCUUCCUGCUAGGUUUCGUAGAACCCCAGGAGACCUGCAUUCAGGCCACUCUAUCUGUGUGCCCACCCCCAGCCCCAGGUCUAGGUGCAGGCUCUGAGAGGGGCAGCCCAGAGCUUGGAGUGGAGGUGUGUCGGGGGCAUCACUGGGGCCUGCCCUUUUGCUGGUGGUUAAUGUGAUGUCUUUGAGUGGACUCAUGCAACCUCCCAAACCACCUUGUUCCUUCAAGGCAGAGGCUCCUCUUCAUUGUGCAUCUCUCGUGAGAUUUGAGGUGUGAAAGCUGGCCUGGUUGACUUUGAAUCCUAAGUUUUCAAGUGGCUGUCAGUGUCAGGAGAACCAUUUCAUGCUGUCUGCACGUGGAAUGUACACAGCUUACCUUUGAGGCUUAUGAGUAGCCAUGAGAGAGUGGUGUUUCUUAAGCACCCAAGUUGACCUGGAUCCUUCUUGGCCAAAGGAUACACAGGCUUAGUUUAGAAAAUGCCUGACUAGGUUUUGCAUGUCAAGCAUUUGUUCUUUUUCUGGCCUAAGUUUUCUUGUAAAAAAUGUAAACCCCAUCAAAUUCUCUACUAGGUAAAUAUUUGUAAACCAUGCAGCUUUAUUACUCUCCUCCCCAAAGAAUGUAGUUUGAAAUUUUCUCAUUUUGGUAGUAGAGGUCGUGACUGCCAUUCUAUUACUAAUAAUGCAACAUGAAAUUGAAGGUGCCCAACUGCUUGAAAAAUACAAUCCGUCAUCAUACUGUAACACCGGGCAAAACGUAAAACAGUAGAAUAAGAGGUGGCGCAGGUGUGAGUGAUUCGGCCUGUGUGAGUGAAGAGAAAACAGGAAUCACAGGGACGGCUGUCCUGCAUUCUUGCUGCACGUUUGCUGCUGAGCAUGUUUCUUUCUUACCUACCUUUGGCUUUCUUUAGUUGUGUUCAAAGUACCUUCCAGAACCAAUAAUACGCUAUGUUUUCAAGUGUCUAAAGUGUUAAAAUCUGAAGAAAGUAAAGCAACUUACACUGUAGCCUUUUCAAAAGUCCUGCUUGAGAACAUUUUUCCCUGAGUGGGCCGGGGCCUCGAAGAGCCUGUUUUCCAGCAAAUUCAGCAGGAGAGAUGUGUGCAAUGUUUUACACGGCUUUAUAUUUAACAUCUUAAUUAAAAAUGCUGAGAUGCAAUACUGUGGGGGAAAAUGCAAAACUGUGGUUCCCUUUUAUUCAUGUGACUCCUUAAGAAAUGCGUUUUUAAGAUACGUGUUCCAGGUAGCUUUUUAUUCUGUGUAUUGUGGCCAUGUGCCUCUCGUGACUCUCAGUGUACCAGAUUCUCAGCUCCCUGAGACGGGGGGGUGAGGAGCUCUGAAAUCACAGCAAGAUUUUUGUUCCACGAGCGCAAUACUGCAUCAUUAACAUUUUUAAUGGUAUGGGUUUUAUACCAUCUGUGUAUGUUUGCAAAUAUUAAGUUAUUACAUGUUUUCAAAUGAGCAUUUUUCAUUCUAAAUUUUAUAUGUUUGCAAAUAUAUUUUUUUAAUAAAAUUUCAAAACCAAGUUUUAGCACCUACUAAAUUUUCUUUGUGUUUUUAUUCAAUUUAUAGCAAUAGAAACUUUUAAAUAAGUCGCUGCGCUUUGUCAGAGCCUCAUACUAGUGAGAUGUGAUGGGGUGAAGGGAACAAAACCAACAAAGUCUACUCCACCCAUUUCCAGCCAGCUAGAUUACAGGCCACACCAAUGUCAGGCCUGAAGCCUCUUGAGCACUGGUGCCCAUCAAAUAAACGAGCACUUCCCUCCCAGCUAGUUAAACCUUAAGUGUUCAGCUCAUACAGGUGGACAUCUAAGGAACUUCAUUUAUUCCUCUAAGGUUACCCCAGAUAAAGGGUUCAAUUCUAAUCAUUGGCAAAAACACAGUUUUAUUGGGGAACUUAUAGUCCUGGUCUUUUCCCAGAUUUACUCAGUGUGUGUUUAUUGAGCUCUUGUUACGUGCCAGGUGUCUUAAAUGAUAAGGAAGGAGAGAGGAGGGAGAAAAGGACGCUUAAUGGCUGGUAUCAGCCCAAGGUUGAGCUCAGACCUCAACCUCCUCUGGGAGGCGGAAACCCUAAUGGAGAAUGAUGAUUUGACAUCAACCUUCUAGAACCCAGGUAUGAGGCAUCCUUAGAAGACCAAGAGAAGGUGGUUACAGGACAAAUUGAGUACAGAGACAGAAUACAUGGGUCAUGUAGUGCCCUUAAAGCACAGACUCUUGGUAACUUUUUUAACGGAAACCUUCCUUUAAAAAAAAAACAAGUUUAAAAGUAAAACGUGCUCAUUAUAGAAAAUAGAGAAAAGAUUAAAGAAAAAAAAAGGUUUAACCAUAUCUCUCCCUAAUAAUCACUGUAAACAUUUUAGUAUGUUUUCAAAUGAAAUUCUCUCUAAAAUGUUUAUUUUACCUGCCUACCUUCUUAGAACAGAGAAUAUGCUAACUCUUGGGUUAUGACUCUGACUUUAUCUUAUACACACUCACACUUCACACUUUGGUCAUCAUUAAUGCUUCAUGCUCAUUCACUGCUUAUAAAUUACUUUCCCAUUAUUUUCUCCAUCUUCACAAUAGCCCAUUUUAGGAAGGAGGAAGAAAAAGCUCAGAGUGUUUGAGGGAUGUGCCAAAAGUUGCACAGUAAGAGAGUGGUGGAUCAAGGAAGGACCCAAAGGCAAGCAGACUGGAGAGCUAGUCUAGAAUUCCGUAAUUCUGUGACCUCUUUUUUUCUUUUUUAUUAUAAUAUUCUAUUGUGAUUUAGGUGAAAGUUCACACAGCAAAUUAGGUUCCGGGGGUUUUAACAAUUUUUAUACAAAUUGUUCUCUGCCAUUGGUUACAGUGUUUACAAUGUGUCAGCAUUCUCAUUGUUUCCAUUCUGUUUACAUUGAUCUAGCUUCCCUUCCCCUCUUUGCCUUCUCGUUUUUGCUUCUGGGUGAAUAUUGACCAUUUGGUCUCAUAUAGUUAAUUGUUUAAGGGAGCACAUUACUCACAAGUGAUGUUUAUUUUAUAAACCAAUCUAUUAUUUGACUGAAAGGUGACCUGCAGGAAUAGCUUCGUUUCCAAGUUCAAAAGAUAUCUUAAGGCGAUAGUCUCGAAGGUUCCUCUAGUCUCUAUCGGUCCACUAGGUCUGGCCUUUUUUAGGAAUUUGAGUUUUGUUGUACAUUUUUCUCCUAUCCGGGGCCUUCUAUUGUGUCCCCGGUAAAAACGGUAGUGGUAGCCAGGCACCAUCUAGUUCUGGUCUCAAAAGAGGUUGUGGUUCGGGUGAGCUGUCAGUCCCAUGACUAGUUUCUUCUAUGAGCCUUUGAUUUCCUUCAUUCUCCUUUGCUCCAUAUGAGUACAGACCAGUAGUUGUAUCUUAGAUGGCCACUUGCAAGCUUUUAAGACCCCGGACGCUACUCACCAAACUAGGAUGCAGAACAUCAACUUUGUGAACUAUGUUAUGUUUGUGAACUUAAACAAUUAGCUAUGGUCCCAGGCCUUUUGACCCACUAAACCAAUCCUGCAAGUUGUUUGAAUCUAGACUGCUUUUUACAGUUUUGAGGUUACUUAGGUUACCGCUGUUUGUCAAGAGCCGGAAUGGUGUUCUGUUUCUCACUUGCUUUUCGUCUGUCAAAACCUAGGAAACCAGGUAACCGGAUGCUUUGGAAUGUUGUGAAAAACUAUGGUGAGUAGGUCGAAUAAGAGGCAGAGAGUUUUUUCUUUGAAAUGAAAUAGAUAGUAUUUGGGAUUUGGGGUUUAUAGUUGCUGUUAACGACACUUUCACUCAUUUAUGGAUCCUGAAUAACUGAUCCCUGAAUAAGGAGUGUGUGAAGAAGGGAUUGUAUCUGGGAAGAAAGAUUUGUCUCAGAAAGCUAUCAGAAACCAACCCAGUCUCUCCUUCUGGAUGAGAUGCUGGAAGUGUGACAACGAUCUUGUCACUGUGAGGGAAGCCCUCCUUAUAAUGAGGCCAAGUCCUUGGAAGGCAGAAAGGAGCUACAGCAAGGAGGCCUGAAGCCAUGUUUCAGACAGAGCAAAAAGGAUUAUCUACACGAAACAUGAAGAGUCCUAACAAGUUUCUAAAGGGGUUAGAUAACUUCAAGAUUCUAAACCUCUUAGCGUUUGCUAAAUGGAGUUGGGUAAGAAGACAGCUGCCACCUCAUGCGCCCUAUAAGGAACUCGCAGUGAACCUGGGCUGUCCCAACAGUCCUGGAGGCCCCGAAUCCAAGCCCCACACCAGCCUUCCGCGCAUGUAUUCUUCACACUCACCAGGCUAAAUCAGCCAAAAGUGAAGAUCACCAGUAAGAGCUUUCUUAUAACCAACAGAGGGACAAUACCUUGGAAUGAGAUGAUACAAUACCGCUGUGAUGGUCCCAUCAUGUCGUGGACUUCAACCAACAUUUCAGGUGAGUUUGAAUAAAUUUGAAGCGCAGUGCCACAGGUAAUUUUAACUGGCACUUGUUGUGUACACUUUGUAUGUAUUCUCAUUUAACCCUCUCCACACCCCCAGAGGUGGAGGUUAUUCAGAGCGCCCCCUCAGGAAAGGGCCACAGAAGACACCCGUAACGCGGACAAC